AUGGACGCCAAGCAGACGGCCUGCUACCACUGCAAGACCCUCCUCAGCCUGCCGAAGGAGCACUCAAAGUACUGGCGCUGCGGCCACUGUCGCAAGGUGAACGGCCGGCCGAACUACGCGCGCGGCUUCGUGCCGGGCCUUCUCUACUGCGGGCUGUGCCGCUUCUACUUCUCGCGAAUCACGAACGCCAUCGCCACGACGGCGCUCGUUGGCAUCGUGGGGUCGGGCCUGCUCUUUUUUUUACCGAUGAUCUCGCGGCGCGGUCCCGGCGUCAGUUUUUACGGAUACAUUCGCCUCGAGAGUCGCAUCGACGGCGUCGAGUCGCCACGAGAGUCGCAUCGACGGCGCCGAGUCGCCUCGAGAGUCGCAUCGACGGCGUCGAGUCGCCACGAGAGUCGCAUCGACGGCGCCAAGACGUAGCUCGCGCAGGGACUACGCCUGGCCGCUCUGGCUGCUCGCCUGGACCGUAUCGCUGGUCCUGUCGGUGAUGGCGACGGCGACCUUCCGGCGCGCCGCGACGUCGACGCCGGGCGCCGUGCCGCGGUGCGCGAAGGACGAGUGGGCGCGGCGGCUCCGCGCGGUCGCGCCGGCGACGGAUCGCGCGGCGUUGGCGCCGGAGCGCCUGCCGUGGUGCGACGUCUGCAACAACCUCAAGCCGCCGCGGACGCACCACUGUAGCACGUGCUCCGUGUGCGUCGACAAGAUGGACCACCACUGCGCGUUCCUGCACAACUGCGUCGGCGCGGACAAUCUCUCGGACUUUGUCGUCUUCCUGUUCAGCGUCUGCGCGGGCACGUGGUUCGUCGUGAUCUACGCCGUCUUCGAGCUCAUCGCGACGUACAGCUGGCGCGGCGGCGGCGAUUUGGGCAAGGACGAGCUCAGUCGUUUUAUCCGAAGCUCGCGCUUUAGCCCCGGCGUCGUGACGACGAUGUCCGUGUUCCGGCAAAGCGCGGCGACGCGCGACGGCGGCCUCGUCCUCAUCGCCGCCGUGUCGCUCGGCAUCGCGCUGGGCGUGGGUAUUUUGCUGUGGAUCUACGCGUCGCUCGCGAAGACCGGCGAGACGAACCUCGAAAAGUCGGCGCGCGAGUACCGCAAGGGCCCCGACUUUCGGACGUACCCCGGCUGGACGGGGGUCUUCGCGGGGAUGAAGCGGCGCCGCGGCCUCACGGACGCGGCGAUCGUCGCCGAGCUCAGGCAGACCGGCUACUUCGACAACCCGCCGCUGGCCGACGAGGGCGCCGUGUCCAAAACGAACGGGAGCGUCGCGCGGCGGCGGCCGGCCAACGGCGACGGCGUCAGCCAUGGUGACGACGCGGCGGCCGCGGCCGCGGGGGAGAAGUCGGACUAA